CCACCACCCAUAACCCGACCACCACCACCACCACCACCGCCACCACCGCAGUCACACACACACACCUCUUCUCGCAGUACCUUCCAUCUCUCCAACACACACACCUCGCCCGACCAGCCUCAGUGCAACGAUGCGAGUGACGAAGGCAGCGGCUGCGGUGGUGCUGGCGGUGGUGCUGCUGCUGCUGGGGGCGGUGCAGGAGGCGCAGGGCUUUGUGGGGUUUGGGAGUGGCGUGCCUGGGGGCUUCAUCUCCUACAUGUGGUGGAUUUAUCUGGGUGCUAUGGCCGUGGGGGUGUACAAGAAAAAGCUGGUGCGGUACAAGGAAAGGAGACGGAUUCUGCUAGCGGCGGAGGAAGAGAGGCAGAAACUGAAGGAGGCGGCGGGAGAGGUGCCCAUCCAGGAGGAGGAGGAGAUAUACUAUAACCCAUACAGCAGGUACGACACCCCCUUCAUCCCUCACGGCGGGUCUCGCUCACUCAACGACCUGCCUGACGAAGACCAGCACGAGGAUGAUCUGGAGAGACUUCUGCUGACCCUCGCUACGCACAUGGACAAGUCUGGCUGCUCUCUCAAGCUCCUGUGUCACCUUAGAGAGAAGCCACCGCAGGCACGCUCACUGGAAGAAGAUGGGCUUGUGCAUCUCUUCGCCAACGGCACUGCAGGAGUCUCGUGCACACAGGAGUUCCCCUCGUGUGCCAUGGGGAAAGAGCAGCUGAGAAGUAUGUUUGCGCUCACCACAGCUCUGAUAGGCAGUGCUCUUCACUUGAUUCCCUCGUGGCUCUAGUGCUGCGGUGUUGUGGCAAAGUCCAAGGUGUACUUUUAGUGCGCCAAACGGGAUUAAAAGUGUUAAUGACGUGUGUGUGUGAGUGUGUAAGUGUGUGGUGCUGUUUGGGCCACCCCGUGUAGAAAUGCCGGCCUGGUAUGACGAUCUUCGCUUGAUUCCCUUAAGGGUUUAGUGUUCUGGUGUUAUGGUUAGGUCAAACAUGUACUUCUGGCGCGCCAAACGGGACGAAGAGUGUGCAUGGCGUGUGUGUGAGUGUGUAAGUGUGUGGUGCUUUGUCCACGCCUUGUAUGUAGACCAAGCAACAACGUCAGAGGGCUGCUGGUGUAGGGGGAGGCACACCAAGCUGUCACUGUGGCGAGGAACUGAACAGGUCGCGAAAAUGAUAUGCACCAGGUACAGGAAUUAAUGAAGGAAGGUGAAUAGUGAUUGUUGCUGUCUAUCAAUAUUUUGUUAUCGUUACUGUUAUCAUUAUUUAUAUUGUUACCUUUGUACUACUCAGUCACAUAUAUCAGGUAUACAGUUUACUGAAGACAGGUGAGGCGCUGUUACCUGUCUGUUAAUAUAUUGUUACUAUUAUUUUUGUUAUUAUUAUUAUUAUCACCAUUACUACUACGACUGUUACUAUUAUUAUCAUUAUUACCUCACGCGGCGAGAGUUUCAUUUAAGUAAUUCCUUGUCAUUAUACAAAUAUACGACAACUUUGUA